AUUUAACUUUUACCUUCAGUGUCCACUUAAUACAUAUUUAUCUGAAUCUCCCCCAUGUGCCAGGCACCAGUCUAAUCAUCAAGGAUGAAAUAGAUACAGUCCCUGCCUUAAGGAUCUCACAGCCUAACAGAGGGAAGCUCGUGGAUAAACAGUGAUUGCAAGAAAGUUUUCACAUCCUCCGCCAGAAGUACAAAUAGGCUAUAGUGGAUGCACUAAAAGAUGUGAGUGACCCAUUCGACAUGUAGGGGCCAGGAAAAGGCUUCAGAGAUGAUUCUUAACUAAGAACAAAAAGCUUUACUAGAGUGACAAGGGACAAAGUACAAAAAGGCAUUCCAGAUAGAGGAACACCUAAAGAUAGGGCCAGAGAGCUGGUUAGUGGAUUUGGGUUUGGCUUUGUAGUCUGGUUUGUCUGAGGAGUAAAAUGUCAGGACAAUUCAGUGGAAGAAGGGCCUGGAGAGACCUCAGAAGUUACAUAAUUUAAAAAAUUAUACAUAACUUAAUUUUUUUCAAUGAAGUCUAAUUGAGUAAGCUUUCCUUUUCUGAUUUUACAUAAUGUUUAAAAUCCUUCCUAGCCCCAGAGAUUUGAUGUUUACCUUCAUUUUCUUCUAGUUUCUGUUUACAUUUAACUAAUCCAUCAGGAGUUGACUUUGGCAUGAAAUGGUAAGCCUCAUUUGGAUCUUAUAUUUUCUGUUUUAAAGUUUAUAUGGUUCACUAAACUGCUUUCUGUAGCCUUAUUUUGCUAAUGGCUAAAAAUGGGGGUGCUAAAUAUCUAAUAAAGAGUAUGCCCAGGUGGGAACACGCUAAGGAAAACAAGAGAAAUUUCACAGGGGUUUGCUAUUUUAAUACUUAAAUACCAAAACGGAGGUGUGCCAAACACUACGGGUGCAGACAUGUAGUCUUUUAGGAUCCUGGCUCUCAGAAUACUACUACUACUUUGUAUUGAUAGACUGGAAACUUUUGAGGACUCAACCGUGUUUCCACAAGCAGUCAUUUAUUUACAUGAUAACAGAGGAGAGAGGAGGAAUAUAUAAUUGCCCGCUUCAUUUGUUUAAUACUACCAGAAAUCAGGUGGAGUCAGGUUUCCUCCCCUGAUGCUGGCUGGAGAUUGGGCGGGGUUGGCAUCUCUGUGCUGGACAGGCCACACACUAGACAGUUGACAACUGAGAGCUGUGAUUGGUUGGCAAGGCAAAAGUAACCCAACCAGAUUGGCUCUGGACUCCCUCAGAUUUCCCUGUCGUUACUUCAUAACAUUCUGAAGACCUGGCCACCAAUCACAGGGCUCCUUACUGGAAAAACCAGCUGCUGGGGAGUGCCAAGAGUCCCUAGCAACGCUCUGCAGCCUUUGAAAUCUGAGGGGAAAAGACUGUAGUCAGCUCUUAACUGGAGGAGAGCACCUAUGCCCCAGAAAAAGCAGGCUCCCAGGAUGGACACGCCGCGCCCUGAAGAAUCGUUAGAGAAUCAAAAUGAAAAACUGAACAACCAGGAAGAGGAGAUGGAGUUUAAGGAAAUGGACGGUCUGAGAGAAGCCUUGGCGAACCUCCGAGGACUGUCAGAGGAGGAGAGGAGCGAGAAGGCGAUGCUUCGCUCCCGCAUUCAAGAGCAGUCCCAGCUCAUCUGCAUCCUGAAGCGGAGGUCAGAUGAGGCCCUGGAGCGCUGCGAGAUCCUAGAGCUGCUCAAUGCAGAGCUGGAGCAGAAGAGGAUGCAGGAGGCUGAGAAGCUCAAGGCCCAGGGUGAGUACACUCGGAAGCUAGAGGAACGCUUUAUGACCCUAGCAGCCAACCACGAGUUGAUGAUCCGCUUCAAGGAUGAACACAAGAGUCAGAACAUCAAGCUGAGGGAGGAGAAUGAGAAGCUGAGGCUGGAGAAUAACAGUCUGUUCAGCCAGGCUCUGAAGGAUGAGGAGGCCCAAGUAUUGCAGCUCACCAUCCAGUGUGAGGCCCUCACUGGGGAGCUGAAGACGCUGAAGGAGAGGUGUGCUCAAGAUGCCUGCCAAGCACAGGCCCGCGAGAAGGAGCUGCUGGAGCUACAGAGCCAGCAGGCCUGCACCCACACCAAGGAGACAGAACAGCUGCGCAGCCAGCUGCAGAGCCUCAAGCAGCAGCACCAGCAUGCUGUGGAGCAGAUGCUGAAGGCAGAGGAGACACACAGCAGCCUGAGCCAGGAGCUGCAGGCCAGGCUGCAGACCGUCACUAGAGAGAAAGAGGAGCUGCUGCAGCUGUCCAUGGAAAGGGGUAAAGCGCUUCAGAACAAACAGGCUGAGAUCCGCGUGCUUGAGGAGAAGUUGGAGAUGGCAAAUGAGGCCAGGAGGCAAGCACUGGAGCGGUUUGAGCAAGAGGCAGUGGCCGUGGACAGCAACUUGAGAGUCAGGGAGCUUCAGCGCAAAGUAGAUGGGAUCCAGAAGGCCUAUGAUGAACUCAGGCUGCAGUCUGAAGCCUUCAAAAAGCACAGCCUGGAUCUUUUAAGCAAGGAGAGAGAACUCAACACCAAACUCCGCCAUCUCUUUCCAUAAUGAGUUCCUGCUUCCUCUGGCCUCCAAUUCAGAAUUCAAAUAUUUGUGUCUUAGCAUUACAGCAAGAGUAAAGUUGAUAUCCCAUUUAUUAUACUUUAAAGCACAAAAGGCAACGCAAAGAAAAGCUACUUUACUGUGAUAUUGCUGUUUUUAUUGUAAAGCUAUUAUUUUUCAGUUCUGCCACUUAGAAUACGCAAGAUUUGCCAGAUUUCCUUCUGUGCCGUAGAAAUCUCCCUGAAUUUACUAGUGAUAUCUUCUCCUACCCCAUAACUUACUCAUUCUCAACCUCAGAUAUCUUCAUAUAUGUUAGGGUUUUAAAUUAGCAGCUUCUAUGAUUUAAGCCAAUCUAAAUGCAGUGAGAUGUGCCAUUGUGAAAAAUAAUUAGUACAAUUACCCAUUGUAGAUAGGCUUAUAGUCUCCCAUAGUUGAGAUUGUAAGCAAACAGGUGUCAUCAUACUAGGGUGAAUACUUUGCAGACAAAAAUGGUGUCUGACUUUAUUUUGCACUAGCUUGGAAAAUGAUUGAGAUCUUUAACAAAGUAGGUCAAUUUUAUUCUAUAUGAGCAAUAUGCUUCAAAUAAGUUACAUAAAACAAUUUUUAUUUUUUCUGCAAGCUUAGAUAAUAUUCCCUUUUUGGUUUUCUCUUUAAAAAGAGGAUUUGUAUGUACAAUAAUGCAAAUAUCAGUAGCCUAAUUUAAUAUUGCACAAUAUGCUAAUAGACAAUUAGACAAUUUGGGGUACCAAAUCAUAGCAGAUGAUAUGAUCUAUUGUAGUAACUCAGAAAUUGUUUUCUGUUUCUAUUAGCAUAUUUUUUUGUAAUUAAAUAUUUCUUUUUUUAAAAAAUCUAAGCUGAAUGUGUAUAUGUAUGCUUGCAGCAUUUUUGUAGUAAUACCUACAUUUUGUAAGAAUAGUUAUAAAAACAUGAUAGUUAUAUAUAUAUAUCCAUGUAAAGUUCUUAAAGAAGUUCUCAAAGGUAUUUUAUUUCUGUAUUUAUUGAUAAACAUUAUUAUGAAUACCUCUCAAAAUAGAUUUUAUUUUUCUCACCCAUUUUGGUGAAGGCUACCAAGUUACAUAAUGAAUUUACUUAAAAAAUAUGUCUUGGUACCUUUUUAAUAAAACCAUUUCCAAGCAAGUGUUACCUCAGGUAAUUUUUUACACCCUUUUUUUCACACUUCUAUUAAGAUUAUGUUAUUAAAUACAAAUUUUUCGCCUCAAAAUAGAAACCACACUUCCAACUUCAAAGGACUCUUUACUUCCUCCUAUAGGUUACCAGGAAUCAGGGUAUAGGAGCUACGUUAAUCAUGGUUAUCCUUUAUUGAGCCCAUACUAUUUAUCAUUGUGCUGAAGCAAUUUGGAUGAAUUACUUUAUUUAAUCCUUAGCGCUAUUCAAGAAGGAAAGUGUGUUCAUUUCUAUUUUAAGGAAGAGGAAACUGAUUUCGGUAAUUUUGCUUAAGGCCAUUUGGUCACUGGGGGAGCUGGGAUUUUGAUGACUACACCACACUGAAAGAUAAUUUUUGGUGACUGAGUGCCAGGUGCUGGGGUAGGUACUAAGAAGAAGUAUAAAGAAAGAAGCAUGUUUACUGCCCUGAAAGAGCCCCCACACAGUCUAGGGGCAAAAAUAAUAAUAAUUACACAUACUGUGAUGUGUUUUCAUAGGGGAUGUUAGGAGGUCACGGAGAAAGACAUAGGCAGCAUCUUCCCCUGUCUGGUGGUAAGGGUUGGGUUGGCGGGGAGGACUCCUAGGGAUGAUUAAUUUAUUCAGGUGGAGAAAAGGGAGAAGGAGUUGAGACAGCAUCGUGUAGACAGCAUAGAGGUAUUUUUAAAUGCCCAGAAUACUUGAGGGAAUCAUAGCAGUUGGGAAGAGGUGCCGAGAAGCAUGUAUACAGAUAAAACUGUAAAGAGUAGGUUGGGGGCCAUAAUAUAGGGGACCUUGAAAGCCAGGCUGGCCCGUUAGAGAGAGAGGGAGGGGGCGAGAGGAGGAGCAAACGAACGAAUGAAAGGGAACCGUGGAGCCAGCCCACCUCUUCCCACCCGGGCCCGUGCGGCCCCGUGCGGCCCCGCGAGGGGCCUGGUGCGCAGGCGUGCCGGCCCCGCCCCUCUCUACCGCUCCUCCCUCCCGCAACCAGCGUGGUCAAAUCUCCGCUCCUCUACCCGCAAACUGCAGCCGCGUGGUAGUUCUUGGGGCCCAAGUUUUGCGCACAGCCUGAGGGGAGAAGUCCCCUGAGCAGAGGCCGAGCGGUUCUGGAAGCGGGCUGAGGGCCGUUUGGGUGAAGACAGCCACCAUGAAGUGUAGCCACUCAACAUAGCUCUGUGGAUGGGCUCACACAGAGGAAGAGCUGAAACCUUCCUCCAUGACCAACCAGUUAGCCAUAUGAAUGAGCCACUUGGAAAUAGAUUCUUUAGCACCAGUCAGGCUUUCCAAAGGACUGCAGCCCAAGCCAAAAUCCAACUAAACCCCAUGAGGAUUUCAGAGCCAAAACUACCUAGCUAACCUACUUAAAAAUUUCUGACCAACAGAAAAUGUGAGCAACAAUAAA